AUGCCUACCAACAGUAACAUCGUCAAAACAAUCAAUAAUCCUAAUCGGUUUGGUCCACAACCAGGUGGUAGUUUAAUGAAUCGAACAGUACCAAACCCGGCUCAACAAGCUAACCGUCCAGGACCCAUGAAUUCUGCAUAUUUAUCAUCUUCGAUGUCUCAAAGAACAGUUGGAGCAACGCCAAUGAUGAAGGUUAAUGGAAGAAUUGAAGAUCAAAGUAAUAAUGUAGCAUCAUGGAAUUAUACACCAGGUUCGUUAGGUUCAACACCAACAACAACUACAUCAUCAUCAGCAAAAUGA